CAAACAUCAUUUUAUUAGUUAUCGACAAUUUUCUGUGUUCCGUACAAUUUUUAAUUGGCGUGAAAAUGUUUCAGUGGACGGUUUUCUGCAUUAAUAUUAUUAUUGUUCUUUUGAGCACAGAUGUAACGAAGGCACAAGAUGGUCAUUGGUCCUUUGACGAUGUAGAAAACUGGCCUAGAGAAUGUCAAACAGGAAAAUUUCAAAGUCCAAUUGACAUUGGCACAGGAGGAAUGUUCAAAAAAUAUUAUCCCCGUUUUCGAAGCCAAAACUUUUACACUUAUCAGUCUGCCACAAUUGGAAAUAAUGGUCACACGGUAAACAUAACAUUUUCAAAUACGAUAACAGUGUAUGGUGGUGGACUGCCAGCACCAAAAUAUCAACUUGAUAAUAUUCAUUUUCAUUGGAGAUCGGAACACACAGUGAACCAUUAUAGAUAUCCAUUGGAAAUUCAUUUAGUAUUAUACGACGCGCAAUAUCCAAAUUUUCAAGAAGCUCUAGCCAAUAAAGGUGUAGCGGUAUUAGGCGUUUUAGUGGAGGAAUGUAGUGAUUACUUUAAUACAUGGUAUAACGCAUGGGAUGUGAUUAAAAACCAAAUGUCAGAAAUAGAGAAAGUCGGCACCAUCACGCAAUUAAACCAGAGAAUUCUGAUUAGCAAUUUUCUUCCAUACAACACCCGCAGGUUUGUCAGGUAUUCGGGAUCACUUACAACGCCAGAUUGCAACGAAGGAAUUAUUUGGACUGUGUUUACAAACACUAUUUGUAUACCAUCACACCAGCUUAACGCUUUAAAGCAAAUUCGAGGUGAAGAUGGAAAAAAAUUAGACUCAACGUACAGACCUGUACAACCAUUAAAUGGACGUAUAGUUACACUUUCGAAAAAUAUUUUUAAUUUUGAUGCACAAACAAACUGGUUUAAAUUUAUUUUUUGACAUGAAAUUUAUAAUUUUAGGAUGUUGUUAAAUAAAAAUAUAUAAGAUUACUUUUUAUUCUUUAUUUUCUUUUUGCGGAAAUACUUAAUGCUAACAUUAAUUUUAUAAAGUUAUAAAAAUAGAAUUUCACCAUGCAGAUUUUGAUUCAGUCCGAGAUUUUAAAAUUUGUAAAAUUAUACAUCUACUCUCAUGUAGUCAUAUUUUUGACAUCAUUUUACAAAAGCAGUUCCAUUUUACUUAUUAAAUCAGUUCAUGCAGUAAAAAACUAAUACGGAUUAAAAUUUAUAAUAUACAACUUUUAUUAAUACAAUUUUGGCCCCAUUUAUAAAAAUGUUAAAUAUGAUUGUCAACAAUUCUAUACAAAACAUUAAAUUUUAUAAAAUAAGCUUGGUACAAUAAAUAUAAUUAAAGCACUAAAUUAUGUAUGGAAUGCAAAGAAGCUGUUAAAAGUAUUUAUACAAAUAAAAUUAUAAAUCGCAAUUUGGAAGCUCCCAUAUCAAAUCAAAUCCGUAUUUUUCACUUUUUAAUAAUUAAUAAUAAUAAAAUUAUUAGUCUAAAAAUAAUACAGAAUACGUUUAAAAAAAUUCAACAUAAAAGAUUGAUAUACAAAUAGGGGAAAGUAUUAAAUUUAUUGACAAAUGUUAGAUACUUUUAUCGAAAUUUAUAGCAAAUAAACCGCUGGUUUAUUGUUUUUAACUGUGUAGUUCUUUUUUUAAAUUACCUUAAGUAAAUAAUUUACUUCAUCCCAAAAAUUAAGUAUCAUAGCAUUAUGAGUACAAUGUAAAACUAAUACAGCCAUUAAAAUAAAAGUAGGCAAGUGGAAUGGUUUUAUCAAUGUAAUUUAUUUAAUAAAACCAAAUAACAGGAAUAUAUCUGUACUCGAACCGGGCUUAACUAUGUCAUGUCCCAAAAUUGAGUGAUUUAACUUUUUUGGGCUUGUUUGUUUAUACCAAAAGAUAUGUCUGUAAAAUUCAGAAAAAGUAGCAAAAGAAUUGUCACUUUUGGGCAACGUGGGCAGUAAAAUUAUACAGGGUGUUCCAAAAGUCAUGGACAGCAGAAAAGGGGCGAAUAUGGGAUGGUAUUCUGCUCAGAUUGGCUACUUUAUUUAAUUAAUAACUAAUUAAGGAAGCGUCAUAUCGAAAAACGUGUUCUUAUAAAAUCAUUCCCUAUCAACCCCUUUUCUGCUGUCCAUGACUUUUGGGACACCAAUAAGGCAAUAAUAUAUUAUCUUUGAAAUAUGACAUUGUGCCACUACAACAAGGAUUAUUGGAUUUGAAGGAUAACACUGUGCAACGGUACAAAAAAUACCUGGACGGAGUCUGGAUGGGUCGAUAAUACUAUUUUUGUAGAUCAAAACCCCCAAGGAUUUUCAAAAGUUAGCAUGACUUUUAAAGUUAUGAUUGUUUAAAGUUUGAGUAACAUGACUCUUGUUAUCAAAAAAUCAUAUUUACUUAAUUUUUUUAAGGGUAAUUGUAAUGGAUACUGUAAUAAUGGAUUUCUAUAAAAAAAUAAUUUGAAAAAUCGAAUUUAUUUUUUUGCAUUUUUAUGCUUGUUUAUAUCACUGCAAAAUUUUUAUCAAAAAAAUAUAGUCGGGGUUUACACAAGACUGGAAUCUGUGUGACAUCACAAACAUACCAUCCAAAGGAAUUUUGCAUGUUUAGGUCAUAUAAACAAUUCAAUAUUUAUAAAAAUAAAUUUCUUAAAACACAACACGUGCUGUGAGUUAAUAAUAUAUUUAUUUUUCCAUUUUUAUUAUACAAUCAAGCAGCAUCUUAUUAACUGUUUUUUACCUUUGCAACAAAAACAUUAAAAAUAAUUUUUAAAAUUGAAUAUAAAUUGUUUGGAAGGAAAUGUUCUAAGGAUGACAUAGAUUCCAUUUAGUAGUUGUAUAAGAAAAAAGUCUCCAGGCGUGAUACUAGCUGAAAUUUGUUGGUGGAGCAAACACGUACCCACAUACAGUUCGAUUUUUAAAAGAAGUAACUUUCGUCAUAGAUUAAAAAAACAGUUUUUCGACAUACGUAUCGUAUCAUAAUAGUAAAAUUGUCAGGAAAUGCAAAAGGGCUCGAAUAUAAUACGAUUUUCAGAGAUGUUGUAUUUGGUUAUAGUAAAAUAAAAUACGAAGAAAAGUAUUUAUAAACAUUUUGUUGUUGUUAUAAGCCAAUUUUAUUGCAGUUUAUCACAAAAACACAGUCGAAAAAUAGGUACGUCUCACCCCAGAUAGCAAUCGUGCGUCGCACGUAGGUCGUGUUUAGUAAACCACCUUGUUUCAUAUUGUUGUAUAGUUUAGGAUUGUUGUAUGUUGUCAGAUUCUGACAAUCAAUUUUAAUCGAACAUAAGUUAUUAUAAAUUGUAUAAUAAAACAUGGCGCAGUCGCAGAAGUCCUACGCUUAGUACAACACAAAUACAAAUGGAGUUCAACAAGCCAACAGAAUUAAGGCGGCCGCACAAUUACUCGGGAACGGAAACGAAAAUGAGAACGGUAAAGAGAAAAAAAUUAAACGCACAUAAGUCAAUGUACACAUGCACAACAAAUUUUAGGUAACGAGAACGAGAAACAUCCCGCGAACGGAAACGAGAAAGUUGGUUAAGUUUUAAGUUUCUCGUUCCCGGUAGCCAAUAGAAACGCAGCAUUAUCGAAACCAAUAGAAAAUGAGUUUAAUCUGUCAAAUUAUUUCUGACAUUCGCGCUAUUUGUUUUAUCAAUACGUUCUGUGUUAAGAAAUUAAUGAAAAUGAACGACGAAUUAAUUAUUUUAUUGGUAAAAAAGUUCCCAUAUCUGUACGAUCGCCUGUUAAAAGAGUAUAAAGAUUAAUUAUUAAAGAAAAAUAGUUAGCUUUUAAUAGCUGAACAUCUGCAGUAUGAUCGUACGUAUAUUUCUAUUAUAAAUACCAAAUAAAUUAAAUAUCCCCAAAAUAUAUUAACCCUAAGAAUUAAAAUAAUUAUGUUAAUUGUGAAUCUUCUCGUUUUCGUUUUAGUUUCCGUUCUCGUUUUCGUUAGCGUUCCCGUGUAAUUGUGCAGCCGCCUUUAUUGGUGAACAUUAAUAUAGCAGAAAACUUCCGUCAAUUCAAAGAAGAUGUUGAAAUAUAUUUCCUUGCCACGGAAACAAAAAAAUCAAGAGAAACUCAAAUUGCCCGACUGAAGAAUUUACUUGGAACAAAUGGUUUGAAUCUGUAUAAGGCCAUUUCUAAAAUACCCUUGGUAUACCUUCAUUAUUAAUUUCUGAUAAUGUUCCUUUCAAAAGUCAUGAAUUAAUGGUUUUUUCUAAGGAAUGGAAUUUUAGCAUUAAUACAUGUAGUCCAUAUUAUCAUCAAUCAAAUGGUCUAGCUGAAAAAGCGGUUGAUAUUGCUAAAAAUAUGCUUAAAAAAGCCAAUGAGUCUAGAACUGACUUAAAUUUAUAUUUAUUAAAUUAUAGAAAUUCUCCUGUUGCUAAUUUAGAAUAUUCUCCAGCAAAGCAGGAUCUUAAGAUGUAAACUUCCUAUUCCUUUUUGUAAUUUAAAGCCCAGAGUGGUACCAGAUUGUUUUAACAAUAAAAUGAAAACCAAUCAAAACAAGCAAGGACUAUUUUAUAAUAAAAAUACAAUCAAAGAAAUUUAUUUUGAAAAAGGGGAAAAGGUUUUGGUGCAACAUAUUUUUAAAAAGACUUGGCACCCAGCAAUUGUAAUUAAGAAAUGUGAAAUACCUAGAUCGUAUUUAAUACAAAUAUGUGAUACUAAUCAAAUUUUACGCAGAAAUACAAGAUUUAUAAAGAAGAUUGUUGGUAACAACUCCUAACCUUAAGCUGUUUUAACUUUGUUUUAAAAGGGGAAGAUGUUUAGUAAAUCACCUUGUUUCAUAUUGUUGUAUAGUUUAGGAUUGUUGUAUGUUGUCAGAUUCUGACUUAAUCAAUUUUAAUAAAAACAUAAGUUAUUAUAAAUUGUAUAAUAAAACAGGUAGCACGGCCUGAGAACGCACACGUGUGGUCGAUUUCACACGCAUAUGAGUAGCAUAGCCGUGCGCGCCCACGCGAUGAGCGCAGUAUGAGCGACGUUAUUAAUGAUCUCUUACACUGUACUUAUCGGCAGUGAUGCCAGAUCCUAUCAAAAAAACAGUAGAUUUUUUAUUCACCUUAUAAUUACAAAAAUGAUACAAUCAAUAAUAAUGAAACAACGUAAAAUUGCAAUUUGCUUUGUUUCACUAGGUAAGUUCAAUUAAAAUGACAUGCAUCAUCAUCGAUUUUUAAUUUUUUGUGCUAUCGCUGACUCUAUAGGUCAGUACGUACCAUAAAAGCAAAUCGAACAUAUCAUCCCUACGCGCUGCAAAAAAUUAAAAAAGUUAUAGAUAUUACACCUUAUGUAAUUAACUGUAUGUGCACCAACAAAACAUGUUUUAUUGUGAAUUACAAUAAACUUGGCUUCAUGGGCGCCGGAAGGAAUUCGUCUAGGGGGGGGCCCUUAAAGUUUUUUACAAGUUUGAUAGAUGUUAUUUAUAAUCAAGUUGUACUGUAGAAGUUCACAUUAAACUUAAGCCAAAUAAAAUAUCAUC